GAGUAAUUCAGAAAGUCAAUCACAGCCCAACUGGUCAACGAAUUCAAAGAAAUCACAUCUUAACUGGUCGAGUAAUUUAAAGAAGUUAAUAGUUCUGAUGUACCCAGAGGCCAGAGUAUAGAAAAUAAUCGAGUCAUUGACCUUGUUGCGAGUAAGCAUUUUAAGAAACCUGUAAAUCAUUAAGGUACAUCCCGCAAUUUAUCUCAGACAGAAACAGUGGGGACCUCGGAAUUAGGGUACAAUCCGUUGAAAACAACUCAGUCCUCUUCUUCCUCCUAAUCCUAAUACAUCUAGAUUUGACCCCACUUAGUUCAGACUCACCCAAUCUAGCCCCUACCCCCCCACCCCCACCUCCAAGUUAGAGCUGCUUUAAUCUUUCAUACCUGCAUUAUUGUAUUGUAGCAGUAUAUAAGUAUAUUAUCACACAACUUUCUUUCUCUCCAUCUUUCCCUGAAUAAACUAAGCAGCAUCUCCCUCCUUCCUUGAGAGUGACAAAAGACAAAACUCUGCCUGCAAACUUUUUCCUUUCUGUUAAGAAACCCAAAAGGACUUCUCUUCUUGGCCCUCAAGAUUUCCCUUCAAUUCUACUUAACAUACAUUACAUACACAAUACACACACAGUCUACUCAUUUUGCAGCAUAUAUAGCGUGUAAGGCGAAGGAGGAAACAGAUGCUUACCCGCUAGUUUUCAGUGGUGGGUGUUGAGGAAGCUUCGUUCUGUUAUAGUCUCGUCCCGUCUGCACCAUUGUAAGUAUAUAUUCCUCGUUUUUCUGUCCUGGAGGAGGGAAUGGGAGAGAUUCUGUCGUUCUAACCAGUCAGCGUGUUAGAAGAAGAGAGGAGAGACUAGAGAGAUGUCUUCGGGGAUACCAUCUUCGGUGAAAGAUGCCCACCAUGAUCUACGCAAGCAGAUUGGGUGCAUAAAUGUGAUAUUCCAGCUGUUCGACAGGCACCAUUUCUUCACUGGCAAACGAGCCGAUUGCCAUAACAACAAAAAACCCGUUACAGGUGCAAACCACAAUGGGGAGCCCAGAAUCGCAACAGAAAUGGAAGUGGAACGAGUGGUGGGUUCUGAUGAGUCAUACAAGGUCCUUUCUUCUUCGUCUUCUUCUCCGUGCCCAUCCACUCCCUCAUCACUUGACCGAAACAAAACCGCUACACAAGAAUCCCCAUCUUGCGCCCAAACCAAUUUUUCCAGAAUCCCCGAGGCCUUGGACAUGGAUCAACAUAAACCUUCAUUGCACUCGAGUAGGCAGUCCCCUGAUCGAAGAAGUGCAGUGAAGAACUUGAUGUACAGGGAUGACUGCACUUUAUCUGUCAAAACGGGGGCUAGAGAAGAGGAUAGAAUCCGAGUAAUGAAGCACAUAGAUUCUCCUAGGCCUCUGCAGCAGUCCCCGGAUCUCCGAGAUGUAGUGAAGAACUCAAUGUACAGAGACAAAGAAGAAGGAAGAGUCCGGGUAAUGAAGCACAUAGAUUCUCCCAGGCCUUCGAAGCCAUCUGCAGUAGUAUCAACGAGAGGCCAUGCUAGAUUUCAAGAAGCUCCAUUCUCUUUCAAGGAAGAUAGAGAUCAUACCAUGCAGCAUGCAGGAAGGGAUCCUUGUCGUUUCUCUUACGAUGGAAUUGAAUCACGAGAAACAUUGAAGUCGACAACGAAGCAAGGAGAGCUUCCUAGGCUAUCAUUGGACAGUAGAGUAAGGUCCAUAAGGAAUCGUUACGAGGGAGAUGAGAACUCUGUCAGCACACCCACCAGAAACGAAGAAUUAGGAAGUCAUAGACGAUCUUCAAGUGUGGUGGCAAAGCUAAUGGGUUUAGAAGGUUUUCCAGAACCUACUUCCAUCAAUGACGAUCAGGUAUUACAAGAAAGAUUCAUUUCUGUCGAAAAUUCUGUUCCAAUUUCACAGGGAUUGGGUCAACACAGCAAGCAAAACCAAGAAACCAGCUCUUCACAGGAUUCACAAAAGGAUUGUGUCUUACCACAUUCUAGACCAACCAAACCAACCUCUUAUUCAAGGUUUCCACUAGAACUUGCACCAUGGAGGCUAUCAGACUCCAGUAGGGCCCCACAGAAAACACUGCUAAGAAGUAAAGAAGCCUCCACAAAUCCUCAACAGAUAUCCUCAUCGGUUUAUAGUGAAGUUGAGAAAAGGAUAACUGAACUUGAGCUCGAUAAAUCCGGGAAAGAUCUCAGAGCACUCAAACAAAUACUUGAAGCAAUGCAGAAGACACGAGCAAGGUUAGAGAGCCAAACACAAGAGGUGGCUGACUUCGAUACUGAUUCUCAGUCGAACAGUUUUGCUACAGAUUAUGGUUGCCAUCAGCAAAGUCCCAGGCUAUCAAUGCAGCAAAGGCAGCAAUGCGAUCACUCAUCUCCUACAGAAAAAAGAUCUUGUCCUCCAAAGAGGGUCAAAUCUUCCAAUCCAAUCAAGCAAUCUGCCAAACUAAAUGUUCAAAUAAGAGUUGCAAGUUCCUCUACACGCAACAGAGAUGACUCGGUUAACAAAGACCGAAAGAACUCGACACUUAGGAAAAAUAUCAUCAAAGACCCCACUCAGAAUCUUCCUUCUAUAGAGAAGAUCAAUCAAAGAACAUCAAAUGCACUGCAAGCUUCGAAAGGCUCUGCACACAUGAAUGGAGGUCGGCAUCCUGUGCUUGACAGGAGCCCUGGGGCUGUAAGUCCAAGACUGCAAAAGAAAAAGCUUGGCAUAGAGAAGCAAUCUGAACCAAGCAGGAUUAGAAGGAAAGAAAAUAAACAACCCAAAGAAUCAGAAUCAUCGAAUAGGAGACCAAAACUGAAAUCUGCCAAUCAGCGACAAAGUUAUAACCACCUCAGUGAGAUAAGCAGUGACACAGGAAACUUUAGUGAGCAAGGUGACACAGCUUCAGUGCAAUCAGAGAGCAACAAUAGCUUGGCCUCAUAUAUGGAGACAGAAGUCACAAGCACAUAUCAUAAUAUUGAAAUGGGAGCAAAACAGCAAGUCGUCCAUAAAGAGACAAAUUCUGAAAUGAGAUUGAGAAAAGAUACAAUGAUGGCAGAACUUGCAAUGGCUACAAUUGAACAACCUAGCCCUGUCUCUGUGCUUGAUGCUACAUUCUACAUAGAAGAUUCACCAUCCCCAGUGAAGAAGAAGAUAUCAAUAGCUUUUGGAGAUCAUGACAUUUCAGAUGCUAAUGAAGAAGAAUGGCAUACAGAGGGCUUGGACCACUUACCAUUCAGCACCAGACACAAUCUUAGCUCUGAAUUCAAUCAUAAGAGUUUAGAAAACGUUGAUCACCUGCUUCAUAAGCUCAGGCUACUAAAUUCUACUCCCCGUGAAGGUGCCAUGAAUGAAAUAGCUCUUUUCUGCCAAGGUGAUAAUUCUGACCAUUGGUACAUCACUAAAAUAUUGCUGGCAUCAGGCCUCCUCAAAGAUCUAGAUUGUGUCUCGACAACUGCUCAGCUUCAUCCAUCAGGCUAUCUGAUUAACCCCAAGCUGUUCCAUGUACUGGAACAAACUGAGGAAAGCACUUGGCUAACAUGUAAAGGACCACAAGAAAACACUGCCAAGAUAAAAUUUGAAGAGAAAAUUCACAGGAAAGUUGUAUUUGAUACAGUGAAUGAGAUUCUUGCACACAAACUAGCUUUAGAAGGCUCUUUAAUGCAGGAGAGAAAUUUCAGUGGACAGCAGCUUUUGAAAGAGCUAUAUGCAGAGGUGGACCAUCUCAGGCCUGAAUCAGACAACUUCCUAGGCACUGCGGAUGAUGAAUUGAUUAAAAUCAUAAAGGGAGAUUUAAAGCAUGAAUUAGAAGAUUGGGUAGAACAUCGUGGUGAGCUUCCAGCAUUGGUAUUGGACAUUGAGCGCCUAAUAUUUAAGGACCUGAUUACAGAGGUAAUAAGUAGAGAGGUUGCAUGGCUCCAAGAUAGACCAAGAAGACAUUCCAUGCAACUAUUUAUGAACUAAUGGCUUCAUCUUCUGAGCUUUCUAUUGUAGCAUCCUACGCACCCUUUUUCUUUUCUAACUUGUGUAUGAGCAAACACUAAAUGUAUGAUAUUCAAGCAUUUAUAAAAGAGACAACUUCUGUCUCAAAGUUAGCUAUGCA